CUUAAGUAUCACUAUUAAGUUUGCGAUAGGUAGUGGACAGGUCUAUUUGUCAAUGUUCAUCUCUCUAAUGUAGAAGUUUUUCCUAUCAUCAUGGACGACGAAGCGGAAAAUUUGCUUAUCGCCCCUAUUACCGGCGACACACCAGCCGACGACCAGGAUCUUCCCAGAUUGUUGAGACAGCUGCGGACCGACGAUUUGCUUUUUGGUGGGCGCCGGCAUCGAGACAAGAGCACUUCUGCGGAAAACAGACAUGCGGAUUUCCUGAGCGAGCCUGAUUUUGAAAAAGAUUUGCUAGCGCAGAAGUACACUCUCUUUGCCAACACAAUCGCCAUCGGAAUCAACGACGAGAGAGCAGGGAACAGGCUGGUGGGUCAUGACGAAUCAUCCUCGGAGGACUCUUCUGCGUCAAGUCAAAGUGGUAGCGAGGGUGGCAGUGUGUCCUCUAGCUCGAUGGAUGACGAAGAAUUCGAUGCGGUUUUUCUGCAGCAGCUUCGCGACGUGGUAAAAGUAAACUCUGCACGACGAGAGAAGGACUGCGCUGCUUCGGAAAGCGUAAUAAAGCUAGACCUUCCGCAGCCGUUACGACCCAAAACGUCGAAUAGCAGCAAGCGCAGCAUAUUGGAAGAUCUGGGUUUGUCCGCUGGCUGCGUUACGGUGCAAGACGACACAACGUCGAAGAGGAGCACUGCUAAUUCUGCAGCACAGCUAGAGCAGCAGCAGGAGAAUCGACCAACGUCACAUGCAUCUUCAGAUGACAGGGGCGAUAGAAGCAAGAUCGGAGAUGGUCGCUCGCUUUCGCAGGGGCAUCCGCGAAGCUGCAACUUCACGGACACGAAGCCAAUCGGGUCGAAAAAGGAAAAACUUGGCCGGGAACAGCAGACAUCCAGUCGUUCGAGGGGGUCGCAAAAGUCCGCGUCCAGUGUGGACCGACCACGGCAAAGCGUUCCGAAACCGACGGCCUGGACGAAAGCGGAACAAGUACCGAGCGAUGAAGGGCGAAAGAAGGGUACACAGGAUACUACAACACGGCCAACUACAGCUCCUGUCACGCGCGGAGACCGGUCGCCCAAACCAAACCUGACUGCCCAGGGGCAGAUGAAGCAACAGUCGAGCGGCGCGACCACACCAGUCAAGAUGAAAACAACGCUAGUACCCUCCGCUGCUUUCGCAAGUCCAAGUAGUUUCAAACCUCGGGCUAGGACGACUAUGUUGAAUAAAACGUCAACCUCAACCAGUAGCAGUGCAGCAGCAAAGGAGGGUAAAAACGAACAUGACAGCAGGUUUAGUAAAUCGAAAGUUCGUGGUCAGAUCCCGCAGGAAAGUAAAUCAUUGCUCGCGCCAGUUUUGGGUUCAUCAAGUUCCGCAGCACUUACAAAUUCUUCUAUUUCAUCUUCAGUUCCGCAAAAUAGCUUUAACCGAGGGGAUCUUGACCUCCAGUUGAAGCAAAAGCAACUUCUCGACACCGCAACAGAAGUGAAGAAAGCGAAGGAGGCACUGAAGGAAGCGAAGUUGAAAUACGAAAGCCGCCCGGGCGGGGAUGGCGUAGCCGUUAAACGCAUGCUACAGGUGUAUGAACGGAUGCAGUCUAGGUUGACGAGACUCGAAAAGCGCGUGGUUCGAGGGAAACCAGGUGCGAAUGCCGAUGCAGCAGCUGCAGCGACGUCCUCAUCCACGGGAGCGAUUCCCGCGAAGGCUCGCAGUGUCGGGCCAUCUAUCGGACUUGCAACUUCUGGCUCAAUGAUCUCCGUUGGCGCAACAGUAGAGCCAGAAAAGACCACGCAUGCGAGGCCGGCAGCAAGUUCGUCAGAACAUCAUCGCCGAGUAGAACAAUUUAACAGGUCUAGGUCGCCACGGGUGUUACUGCCCGCUCCGGUGGAGAGGAGAAAAAGCGCCAUCGCGGUUUUGUCGCCAGCCGCAGUUGAGACGCGGGCGGAGGCGACACAGGAAGUUGUAGAGGACAAGAGCAGCAGAUCCACAACUGUGCGCAGACGUUUCAUCUCUGAAAGUAACCGGCAAACAAGUCCGCGCGUCGUCACACGAUUGUCUUCGACGCCAAUCGGACACGACCAGACACGCGAGAACGACGCGGUAAAAACAAGAACUGAUGAAAAAGCACAGGACAGAGCAGUAACAAGCGUACUACGGCCGGCGACAGAGCAGCGAUCCGUUACGCCACCCGUCGCAAGACUCGGAGUCACGACUAAAAGUAGACCCGCGCCCAAAAGUCCGCCGAAAAUCGGUUUCGGGCGGAGCGUUUCUCCACGAGCGAACCCUUCUGUGACAAGGACCUCGCCACGACUGCCAGUGCCGCGCAAAGUUGUGGAGCAACACGUCCAGCAGACAAGCAAUGGCGUUGUGGCGGCAACACACCACCAUCACCAAGAGUUGAAAGUCCCAGUGGUCAAAGACAAAACGCAGCAGGUCGUGAACAGCACCGUCGCAGCGCUAAACUCGAACAGAAAUAGCCACUUGCCCUCAACAUCCCCAACAGUCGUCGCGUCCUCAUCUUCAAGUACCUCUGGAAAUAAUAACGCGAGGAGCGGCGACCCACCAGCAGUAGUAGUCGUUCAUCAACAUCAGCCCAAGGCGAAGCAGCCCGUACCGAGGCAGCUUGAUGAAAGCGGGAAGGGAGAAACGACACAGACUGAUCUCGAGAACGAUGAGGCGGCGUACAUUCAGAGCUUGUUCCACUGCAAGAAUGGCGAUAAUAAAGACGGAAGAUUUAUUUCAGCUGCUGGUCGAGCUGGUAGUGCAUCCACAUCCAGCGGCUUCCCUUAUAAUUCCGCAACCCGAGCAGGAUCUUCAUUCGGAUUCCUUGGCCCCGCGGGUGUCAACAUGAAAAAACAACACUUCGUCCGUCCGACGGCGAGCAGCAUCGCCAGAGAGAUGUCCGUGGCGAAGGCACGGGAGGAAAAGAAAGAGAGGCUGCAAACGGCCGCGCAGGAAGUAGAACAGAAGGCGGGGAUCGUCGUUUCGGUGGGAGGACCUGCAGGUUCGGCAGUGGUAGAGCGGAACAAACACGUUCUUGGGAACAAAAUGAGUUCGAGUUCGACGCGGCCUUUGAGAGGACGUGUGAAUAAGAAAACUUCGCAGCAGCCGCUGCUUUUUUCGCAGGAUCACGGGGAAGCUGGUGAUCAGGAAGAAGACGCUGAUUUCUACCGACCAACGACGCUUGCUCAGGAGGAGGAGAAUGGUAUGAUUUUUAGGCUGUAUAACGAAGUACAUGCGCAACUUGGAGGACGGUACUGUUCUCAGUAUGCUUGCUUCAUACAGCUUCCACAACAUAAUUAGGCUUAGGAUAAUAAAUUCUCUUUGUUCACUUAACAUUUACAGCUGCGUCCUCCAGCCUGCAGGCCACCGUCGAGCCGAGCGUCGUCGAGCGUGUCGGUGAGCUUGGCGAAAAGGUACUAGAAUCUGUAGUACUUGCGGCCUCAACCACUGAAGGCGUUAUUGAGGGAGCAACGGUCGCUCCUGCCGCAUCAAUAGCACCACCGCUUGGCAGCAGUUCUAAGGACAACCGCGAACCUACUGCUGCAGAAAGUUCUUCUUCCAGGGCAAAAAAUGGCAAUCAAAAAUCAGUAGAAACAAGGCCGCAAGAGCUGGCCGCUCCGGCAUCGACGUCCGCAGUAGAGCAACAAGUUUCCGCCGCGUCUUCCACUUCCGCUUUCGAGCCCGCGCUUUCCGCACCGCCUCUCGAUCUGCUGUCCCGGGUCGCGGAACUGCCUACGGACGAGGAAAACGAAGAAUUAGAUGCGUUGUUCCGGAAGGUUUUGCAGACCGUCCUGACCGAAAGCAAUCAAAACUCGCCAGCAAAUCGGACACGAUCUUUGCUCGAGAAGAACGGAGGAGUGAUUUCAACUUCCUCUGCUGGUAGACCAGCACGGAAGAUGAACGCCGGUAACAACACAACCGGUUUUCAGUUCAAGCUGAACCAGGACGCGGUAGACAAGAAAAUCAGCACUUUCAUCGAAAAAACCAUCGACGAAGACGCGACGCUGGUCGACCGAAUCGUGAACUCGAAGGAAAUGUCGCGGUCCAAAUCCAAUCCGGUGACGAUCUUCGAUCAGAUCGAGGAACUCGGUGCGUCGCCGGCAGAGAGAGAAGAGAACGACGACCGGCAUCAGGAGGUCCUGCAGAUGGAAUUGCAUCCGUUUUUCAAUUCCUUUUCUCCGGAAUUAGACACGACCGAAGCGAUUUGGAUAGCGGAGCAACUCUGCGACCUGUCCGCGAAAACGACCAAAUGCCUGCACUCCCUUGCGAUCAGCGCGCACCGGGAUCGGGGGAACAAUUUCGACCACACAAUGUCGACGGCCUCCGCAGCCGGAGAUCUGAGAAAUGCAAAAAUGAACAAGUACGGGAACAGCAGCGGGUCGCUGGCUAGGUCGGUCCUGGAAUGCUGCAGCUGCGGCACGGAAUCCGCCGGGACUCUGCACACGAUUUGCACAAACCUACUGCAGAACGCGGAGCAGACGCUGCCAUUGUUGGAGCAGCAGGCUGAGUUGUACAAUAGUGAAAUAGUAAGUCCCUCUACGCAGCUUUCAAAGCCGCUGAUUGGGAACAUUCUUUACAUCACUUUUCUGCCGAUUUGCAGGUUGCACGACGUUCUAACAACGCUGCGGAAAAUCAUCGUGACCUACUACACGGCGGCGCCGACCUUCUCCCUGGAAUUGCUGGAAGAUCUGAAGCAGAACGCGCGAACCGUGGAGAAAUACGAGAACCAAGCGAUCCGCAGCUACAACCGGCUGAACAACGCUUUCGUGGACGAAAACGACCGAAAAGCGGUGCGGAUGGCCGCUUUGGUCUGCUGGCAGACGUUUCAGGGGGGAAAUUUCCUGAGUUCCGAGUACCAGAUGGGCGUAGCAGCGAUGUCCUCGUCGCAUACGGUCAACAAACCUGUUCCGAUCGACAUGGGACCCCAGUACCCGCUGUACCAGUCCAGCAGCGUCCCGGCGAUCAUCGACAAGGUCGGCGAUAUGCGGUUCGGGAUUGACCCGUUGCAUUUACCGAUGUGGAAAAACUUAAUCGUGCCGAACUUCCACGCGAGGACCAACCUGUUCGCGAACAUUCUGGAAAAGCACCACGACUCCGACCACAAGGAGCACCCGGGGCCGCUGUUGACGCCGAAAAUAGGGGAAAACUUCGACCCGCUCGCGAUUUCGCCCUUGAGGAAAAUCGACGGGACGAACGACAGCAAUUACAUGAUGAAAUUCGUGCGGAGCCCUGACGUUGCGAAGAAGAUCUCCGACAUUCAGGCGCUCGAUUUGCGGAAGGCAAGCGUCGACCUGGCGCAGCAGCGACUGUGGGCGGAGAAGGUGAAGAAGAACAAAUUUUUGAAGUACCAGUCCCCCGCCCACGAAACGGUCAAGCUGCCGGGGUUGGACAAACUGAGCCUCCCCGGGUCCCCGCCGGUAAUCGGAUUGAAAGCGAACCCCUGGCCACCGCGAGACUUUGCGGCGUACGAGGCCAUGCAGAAUCGGGUGAAGUUGGCGCCGAAGAGUAAAGCCAAACCGAAGGCGAAGGCAGCAAGUAGUGGCGCCUCGUCUUAUCAAAAACCCCAGGCGAGACCCUAUUCGCAGCACGCUGCAAAGGUUCCGGAAAAAGCUGCAGAUUUGUGGGAUUCGUUGCGGGAGAAGCAUGCGUGAUAAAAGCGAUAUGCGGAAGCUUUCGGUCAUUACUGCUGCCAGUAAAGAAAAAGUUUAUCACCACGAUCAGGGUGGAAGGUGACUGUUAUAAGUUAAAAAUCUAGUACAAACAUGCUGAAACUGAAAGCGAAAGAAACCGAGUCUCGUGCUGCUCCGGUCACAAGAGUGACUGUCAGGUGCGAAAACAGUCAACAUAGUGUCAUUCAGAAAGAGAAAAAAUUCCCUUUAUUCACUUUCAAAUUUAUUGCAGACUCUGACUCUUAUUAAUUGUUGCUUCGUUGAAAUUGUUUGAUAUUUUUCCAAAAGUUUGCCUCUUACAUGUGUCUUAAGCGUCUCGAUCUUCAUCGAAAUCCUGUACUACGGACAGCUGUUGAAUCGUAACUGUAACAAAUUAGAUUGCUUGCCAUCUACCUCUUUGAUCUUACGUUGGGCGAAAAAUGUGCUGUUUCUCGUUUCAAAUUCAAUCGUCAACAUGAUGGCGAAGAAGUACUGUUGAUUUUGACGUUGCCAUGACAUUUUCCUAGAACAGUGACAGGGUUAGUUGCAGACCCGAUGAACAAAAUGAAAAGCGAAAGUACAUAGAAAAUGUCGAAGCUAUCGUGGCAACGCAUUGAAUUUCGAACGUGGUAGUCGUGUCAGUUUUUUUUCUUCGUGAAAGAAUUGAAUUCAGUGACUUCGAACAAGAACCUCCUUCUACUUACAUUCGUCAUGUCUCUCUCUCUCUCUGGAUCCUCGUUUUAGUUUGUUGGCAUCACUCACUUUUUCCUUUUCGUGAUCGUGGGACCAUACUCAUUUCGUCGCAUCGUGUAUGAGCCUUUGGUAGAUACCGCGAAGCUGCGCGAAGAUUUAUAAAAAACGCAAAGUGCCAAUUCGUUUUUACGGACACUCUGUUCUCCUUUGAAAGAAGAAAAAAAAAUCUUUUCCAUUUCUGAAAUAAAAUUUUCAUGCAAACUCGUUCAGUUUUUUUUUGGGAACAUUCGACAUCAGCCGGGGGGGUAACCCAAGG